UGUUUGAAAUAAAAUCGUACAUAGUUGGUUACUUUUACAUUUUUGAGAUUUGUAUUCACAUGGGGAAGAGUAUACUUGUUGACAUUGUAUGUUCAUACCUAUUUAGUAUAGAAGUUCCAAACUGUUGAUUUAGUUUGGUUAGUCUUCGUGACCUAAUGGGCAAUUACCUUAUUAUAUUCAAAGUGCAGAAAUUCCAACACGACGGCUCAGUCAGUGCAUUUGAUCCAUAGUUCCAUACCAACAGCUGACAAAGACAAGCAUACCGAGAUGAGAAAAUAUGUAAGGAAAUAGUACUGCACGCUGGAGCUAUAGGUACUUACCAUUUUGGCUUAUACACAAGUAAUUCAUAUGCAAAUUGGCAGAAAAAACUUCAUAAGCAAUGAAAUUAAGCACAAGAGAGAAAUUUAUAUUUCCAGCUGUUCUUCUUCUGUUUUCUUCUAUAGCAACUGCUUCAGACAUCAUUAGCACUAAUAAAUCCCUGCGAGAUUCAGAAACUUUAGUCUCCAAUGACAAAAGAUUCAUAUUCGGGUUCUUUAGUCCUGAGAAUUCGACGAAUCGUUAUGUUGGUGUUAUGUUUGAUGUCCAACCACCAACGGUUGUAUGGGUAGCCAACAGAGAGAAACCUUUACAGGAUUCUAGUGGAAGAGUGACAAUAUCAGAUGAUGGAAAUCUUGUAAUCUUGAAUUCACAGAAUAAGAGUAUAUGGUCAUCAAAUAUUUCACCAGCUGUGAGAAAUUCUACUGUCCAGCUCUUGGAUGCUGGAAACUUGGUUUUGAACGACAGCUCCAAUGGGAGAGUUCUUUGGGAAAGUUUUCGGGAUCCUUCAGAUUCAUUCUUGCAGACCAUGAAAAUUGGCGUUGAUAAAAGUACUAACACGACAAAUCUGCUGAAAUCGUGGAUAAGUCCUUCAGAUCCUUCUGUUGGGAGUUUUUCAGCUGGUAUUCAACCUGAAACAGUUCCCCAGAUUUUCAUACGGAAGAACGGAAAACCUCAUUGGCGUAGCGGUCCAUGGAAUAAACAGGUUUUCAUUGGGAUACCAGACAUGACUUCAUUCUAUCUCAAUGGAUUUGAUCUAGUAAAUGACAACAAGGGCACCACGUACCUUACCUAUUUAUAUGCAAAUCAGGUUGAGAUAACCUUUUUCACCUUGAACUCAACAGGUUUUUUGCAGCAGAAAUAUAUGGAUCCUAGUAAGAAUGAUUGGGAAGUAACAUGGGAAUUUCCUGCAACUGAGUGUGAUUUUUAUGGAAAAUGUGGACCUUUUGGAAGCUGUGAUCCUAGAAGCUCACCAAUCUGUUCUUGUUUAGAGGGAUUUAAGCCGACAAGUGAAGAGGAAUGGGGGAAAGGAAACUGGACUCGUGGAUGCAACAGAAAGUCCAUGUUAGAGAGCGAAAGAAACAGCUCUAACCUUGAGCAAGGGAAGCAAGAUUGGUUUCUGAAGCUGCAGUCAAUGAAAGUGCCGGAUUCUGCUAUUUGGGUACCUUUUGCAGACGAAGAUUGUGUUAACGGUUGCUUGAGGAAUACUUCCUGCAUAGCUUAUUCAUACUACACAGGCAUAGGAUGCAUGCAUUGGGAAGGAAGCUUACUUGAUGUUCAGAAAUUCUCCAUGAGCGGAGCAGAUUUAUUCCUUCGUCUUUCGUACUCUGAGCGUGAUCAAAAGAGAGAAUAUAAAGUAGUCAUUGCCAUCAUAGUCCCAGUAGGCUCAAUAAUUCUUGCCAUUUUCGGAUACGUUUCGUGCAAAUAUUUAGCCAAGCGCAGAGGAUGGAAGAGAAUGAGUAAGAUCAUAUUAAGUGAAUCAUCGCCAAACUAUUACGAGGAAGACAAGAUUACAGAGGACAUCAAUCAAGCUAAAUUGGAAGAGCUGCUUGUAUACAACUUUGACAUCUUAGCAAAUGCAACCGAUAAUUUUGAUCUGUCCAGCAAGCUUGGACAGGGAGGUUUCGGUCCAGUUUACAAAGGGAAAUUGCCAGAUGGACAAAAAAUUGCUGUAAAAAGGCUUUCACAGUCUUCUGGUCAGGGGCUACAUGAGUUCAUGAAUGAAGUUUUGGUGAUUUCAAAACUUCAACAUCGUAAUCUUGUUAGACUUUUUGGUUGCUGCAUAGAAAGAGGGGAAAAGAUGCUGGUUUAUGAAUAUAUGUCAAAAAGAAGCUUGGAUGCCUAUCUCUUUGGGUCACAGCAACAAGAGGAAGAGUUCCUUGAUUGGAGUAAACGCGAGGUCAUCAUUGAGGGAAUUGGUCGAGGCCUUCUUUACCUUCACAGGGAUUCAAGACUAAGGAUUAUUCACAGGGAUUUAAAGGCCAGCAACAUUUUGUUGGAUGAAUACCUGAACCCCAAAAUUUCAGAUUUUGGCAUGGCAAAGAUUUUUGCAGGGAACCAAGAUCAGGGCAACACAAGCAGAGUUGUUGGAACCUAUGGUUACAUGGCACCUGAAUAUGCAAUGGAAGGAAGAUUCUCCGAAAAAUCAGAUGUUUACAGCUUUGGAGUAUUGUUAUUGGAAAUUAUAAGUGGAAGGAGGAACACUAGCUUUCACGAAAAUGACUCUGCGUUAAGCCUUCUAGCAUAUGCGUGGAAGUGUUGGAUUGGAAACAAGAUUGUGGAAUUGGUUGAUCCCAAGAUAACUGACCUGCACCUCGAAAAGGAAAUUGUGAGAUGUGUACAUGUUGGACUAUUAUGUGUACAAGAAUAUGCAGAAGACAGACCAAAUGUCUCCACAAUUUUGUCUAUGCUCACCAGGGAAAUUGAUGAUUUACCAAGUCCUAAACAACCUGCAUUUACAACAAGACCAAGCUUUUCCAAGAAACGCACUUCUAAAUCUCAAGGCUCCGUGAAUGAUGUUACCGUUACUAUUAUGGAAGGACGAGCAAUGAAGCUGGGCUUAAGCUAUAAGAAGAUACUUCUUUGGUGCGUUUUUCUUGUUAUGUUUUUCCAUAUAACUAAUGCAUCAUCAGACUCCAUUAGUAUCAAUCAGUUCCUGCAAGAUUCAGAAACUUUAGUGUCCAAUAACAGAACAUUCAAAUUGGGUUUUUUCAGUCCUGAGAAUUCGUUGAAUCAUUAUGUUGGUAUUAUGUUUAAUAUCCAAUCACAAUCUGUUAUAUGGGUAGCCAACAGAGACGAGCCUUUACAAAAUUCUAAUGGAAGAGUAAGAAUAUCAGAAGAUGGCAAUCUUGUAAUCUUGAAUGGAAAGGGGAAGAGUGUAUGGUCAUCCAAUAUUUCACCAGCUGUGAGAAAUUGUACAGCCCAGCUCUUGGAUACUGGAAACUUAGUUUUGAAGGACAACUCCAGUGGAACAGUUCUAUGGGAAAGUUUUAGUGAUCUUUCAGAUUCCUACUUGCGGAACAUGAAACUUGGCACUGAUAAGAGUACUAACACCACAAAUCUGUUGAAAUCAUGGAAAAGUCCUGCAGAUCCAUCUGAUGGGAGUUUCUCAGUUGGUGCUCAACCUGAAACAAUUGCUCAGAUUUUCAUAUGGAAGAAUGGCUUACCUCAUUGGCGUAGCGGUCCAUGGAAUAAACAGGUUUUUAUUGGAGUACCAGAUAUGACUUCUUUCUAUUUCAAUGGAUUUGAGCUAGUAAAUGACAACAAGGGCACCGCCUACUUCUCCUAUUCAUAUGCAUAUCAAGGUCAUGUCAUGUUGUACUUAGUCUUGAACUCAACAGGAUUUCUGCAGCAAAAAGAAUUAUAUGCUAGGAAGAAUGAGUGGGAAGUCACAUGGGCAGUACCUUCAAAUGAGUGUGAUUUUUAUGGAAAGUGUGGACCUUUUGGAAGCUGUGAUUCUAAAAGUUCACCAAUUUGCAGUUGUUUGCAAGGGUUUAAACCAAAAAAUCAAGAGGAGUGGGGCAAAGGAAACUGGACAAAUGGAUGCAUCAGAAAGACUGCGUUAGAGAAAGAAAGAAACGACUCUAACAUCGAGCAAGGUAAGCAAGAUUGGUUUUUGAAGUUGCAGUCAAUGAAAGUGCCGGAUUCCGCUAUUUGGGUACCUUCAGCCAAAGAAGGAUGUGAAAGUGAUUGCUUGAGAAAUAUCUCCUGCAUAGCUUAUUCAUACUACAUAGGCAUAGGGUGUAUGCAUUGGGAAGGGAUCUUAAUUGAUUCUCAGAAAUUCUCCAAUGGUGGGGCUGAUUUGUUCAUUCGCCUUGCAUAUACUGAACAAGAACAACAGAAGAACAAUAAAGUAGCCAUCAGGAUCAUAGUUCCAAUAAUUUGCUCAAUAGCCAUUGCCAUUUUGAUAUACAUUUCCAGCAAGCUGUUGGCUAAACAUAGAGGAAGGAAGAGAAAGCUUGAGCUCUUAUCAAGCAAAUUAUUUCCAAGCUAUUACAAGCUAAGCCUGGCUAGAGAAGACAUUAACAGAGUUAAAUUUGAAGAUCUGCCCAUAUACAACUUUGACAUGCUAGCAAAUGCAACUGACAAUUUUCAUCUGUCUAGCAAGCUUGGGCAGGGUGGUUUUGGUCCAGUUUAUAAAGGAAAACUUCCAGAGGGACAAGAAAUUGCUGUGAAAAGGCUUUCACAGUCUUCUGGUCAGGGGCUAGAGGAGUUUAUGAAUGAGGUUGUGGUGAUUUCCAAACUUCAGCAUCGUAAUCUUGUUAGACUCCUUGGCUGCUGCAUAGAAAGAGAGGAGAAAAUGCUGGUUUAUGAAUUCAUGCCAAAAAGAAGCUUGGAUACCUAUCUCUUUGGUGCUUACUCUGAAGAGGAAUACUUCCUUGAUUGGAGCAAACGUAUGAUCAUCAUUGAGGGAAUCGGUCGAGGCCUCCUAUACCUUCACAGGGAUUCAAGACUAAGGAUUAUCCACAGGGAUUUAAAGGCAAGCAACAUUUUGUUGGAUGAAUACCUGAACCCCAAAAUUUCAGAUUUUGGCAUGGCAAGGAUUUUUGCAGGCAACCAAGAUCAGGCCAAUACAAUUAGGGUUGUUGGAACUUAUGGUUAUAUGGCACCUGAAUAUGCAAUGGAAGGAAGAUUCUCAGAAAAAUCAGAUGUUUACAGCUUUGGUGUAUUGUUACUGGAAAUUAUUAGUGGAAGGAGGAACACUAGCUUUUACCAAGAUGACUGUGCAUUAAGCCUUCUAGCAUAUGCAUGGAAGUUGUGGAACGAAAACAAGAUUAUCGAAUUGGUUGACACCAAGAUAAUUGAACUGGAGUUUAGAAAGGAGAUUCAUAGAUGUGUACAUGUUGGACUACUAUGCGUACAAGAAUAUGCAGAAGACAGGCCAAAUGUUUCCGCAGUUUUGUCUAUGCUCACCCGGGAAAUUGAUGAUUUACCAAGUCCUAAACAACCUGCAUUUACAACAAGACCGACCUGUUCCAAGAAUGGCUCCUCUAGAAUUCAAGUCUCAGUGAACGAUCUUAACAUUACUAUUAUGGAAGCACGAUAGAGAUCUUAUAAUUUUGAUGUAUGCGUAUAUCUUAUUCAUUUCCUGUAAUUAUUGUUGUAUGUGAUUUUACAUUUAGAAUCCAAGAGAAAAGUUUAAACCUAGUUGAGUUAACUCCA